AUGACUGCUCUUCAUGGAAUCUUCGGUAUGACGGAUCUGCUGAAUACCAGCGUUAUGAACUCGCUGCAGCGAGGAUUUGUGCACACGAUCUCUUCCUGCGCAUUCACGCUGCUCGGGUCUAUCAACCAAAUUCUGGAGUAUGCAAGUAUUAAAGACCUCCGAGCGACCUCUGCCUCCGCUCAAUACCUCGGUGGCCCUAGCAAGGAUCAGAUUUUAAAAGCAGGCGGGGACUUACAAUCUGGGGAGGGCAACGAGGACACCUGUGUUGAACUUGCCGCCGUGACGGAGGAUGCGGUUCCAAUCGAUUCCGUCCGCGAUGGCACAUUCUUUGGAGCGGGCCGGUUCGAUACACCAGGCGGAGUUCAGGCCAUUCUCGACAUCGCUAGUGUUUCAGAUUGGAGAUUUUUGACAGUACCUAGUGCAUGGUACGUUAUCCUGACUAAUAUUGUCGGCAAUGCCUUGAAGUUCACCCAGCAUGGGUAUGUCCAUGUCUCGCUUAACGCAGACCCGGUGACUACUCUUGAGGAUGGUGAGGUGGCCAGAUCAAAGAUAAUACUGAUCGUCAGAGAUUCUGGGUGCGACAUUGGCCCCGACUUCUUGCGAAAUGAAGUUUUCUCUGCUUUUGCACAAGAAGAUAGCAUGACUACGGGUAAUGGCCUGGGUCUUAAUAUCACUCAGCGAAUAGUACUCUCCCUUGGAGGCACGAUUCAGGUUGAUUCUCAACGAGGUGCUGGUACCGAAGUUAGAGUAUUGGUUGAUCUUGACCAGGUCUCCAUGUUAGACACCAUUCAUAUGCAAGGUACUUCAACCGAUAUGUCCCUUGCAACCACCAAAGACCUCGUUCGCGACAAGACAGUCGGAUUUCUAGGCCACUGGGCUUCAGACUCUGGCCUUGGUGCUCGCUCCUCCCAGCAAGAACUCAGUGGUAAUCUCGAUAUUAAUGCCUUUGCCCCGUCACGACGGGAGCGGUUCUUGCCGCCAGUGAUUGUCAUAUGCCCUUCUCCAAGGAUCGCACAUUCGAUGUUCGUGGAAUCUCGGAAGCAGCCUAAUGCUGAUAUUGUCGAAUUCAUCAGCCAGCCCUGUGGUCCACGGAAGUUGGCAAAGAGCUUUGAAACCUGUUCUAAACGCAGACGACAGGAAAUUGACACCACUGUCACUGAAGACGACCAUUCGAGAAAAUUGCCGAAUUCUCCAGUCGUAAUGGGGGUCAAGGAAUCUGAAUUAGAUUCAUUAGUCGACGAGCUUACUCAAGAGUCUCGUGGCCAAUCAAGCGAUAACACCAUUGAGGGGAAUGGCUCUGAAAGUCCACUCGACCAGCCGGAUCUCGAUAUAGCUCCUGAGACACCACCAAGUUCCAUUCUUGUUUCGAGCGAGGAUUUGAUUGAUCCAAAAUUGGAUGAGGUCAAGAAUCUUUCUCAACUCCAAAACGACCAAGAAAGGACGACGAUUCUUAUCGUGGACGACAACUAUAUCAAUGUCCGGAUUCUAGUCGAGUUCAUGAAGAAGUUGGGAUGCAAUUAUGCGACUGCAUCGAAUGGGUUAGAGGCUCUUGAGUUCUUCAAGGCAAACGCGCCCUCGAUUGCGCUGAUAUUAAUGGCUAGACGAAUCCGUGGGUUCGAGCAGAAAAAUGGCAUCCAGAAUCCUGUUGUGAUUGUCGCAUUGACCGUCGUUGCACAGAAUGAAUUACAACGUGACACGAUUGGGCUGGCAUGGAUUCGUUUAUGA